GAGAGAGAGAGAGAGACAGAGAAAGAGACAUGAAAUCAUCAUAGUUGAAACCGCAGAAGCUCUGAUCGAAACUCAUUGCAGAUUUGAAGUGAAACAUUUGAGAAAGCUGCUCAAUUUGGUUUCCCGAUCCAAGAAGGCGAAGGUGGUCGGGAUUUGUUUCAGGGUUGGUUGAUUCUUCUUCGGAAUUGGAUUGAGGGGAGAUGGCAGAGGAGACAUUAACAAAGAAUAACGACACUAGUGCUUCAGAUCAUAGAACUCCAAAUGUUGUGUUGGAUAUUGAGAGCCUAGCACAAUCCUCAGAUUUCUGCUCAGGAAGCCCCAAAAUGACUAGGGCACUCUCGCGGAAAUGGUCUUAUCGAGCAGAGAGAUCAAUUAGUACCGAUCAGGGGGAAGACGCAGAUCAUGAACCAACAAAGAAACUUCUAGUGAAAGUGAAUUCUCAGUUGGAGCCCUUGAAGCAGUCAUUGAUCACCUCAAAAUCAUUGCCGUCAAACUCAACUACUCUAAUGGGCACUAAUCUGCUGGACACAGGAGACGGACGGAGCAAGAGGUUCAAUCGCUUGAUGACCAUUAACCCUCGGAAGAUCCUUCUCAUAUUUGCAACCAUGUCUAGUAUGGGAACAUUAGUAUUGAUAUACUUCACCCUCGCCAUUAACCGAACAGUUUGAAAGACGCAUUGUUUGAUGGAGCAUACAAGAUAUGAAAUGUAUUCUCCACGUAAUUUUGUGCCGUACUCUUUCUGGUAGCUGUGCUGGGGAUAACAACCAUUAACUCCAUCUAUGAUUGAUGAUCCGUCCUGCAGUAGUCAUGUUUCUAACGGUUGAUCUCUCUCGGUCAGUUAACAUCAGAUGAUCAUGAUAUCAGUGCUGUUAGUGUCACUGCCACCCUUAUCAAAAUGCGGAUCAGUCCGGCGUUUCCGGCUCACCAAGUUUUUCAUUUGGUGCUUGCAGAUGCAAUUGGUUCGGUACAUACCAUCAUCUCCCGCAACUAGAUAUUAAUGUGCAUGUAUUGCUCCAGAGCUACCUAGCUAGCUAGUUGAUUUUGUUGUAUGAGACGCUUGUUUACUUUUAGUUUCUUAAUUUGUACGAGUGCUUGUUUCCCAAGCAGGGGGUAUGCAAGUCUCGGUCUCAAUAUCUCAUUCAAGGUAUUGCAUACAUGCAUCUGAAACCAUUCCAAGUCUGCAAUA